UACUCGCUUGUAACUCCGCUCGUCACGUGCUGUUAUCUCUUUGUCCUCCUCUUACGCUUGCUCCAUAUGAGUGGACCUCUGAUUGCGGCCACUGAUGGCCUUACUGUGGCCUUCGAUUCCAUAAUUGUCAAAUCCGAUACGUCUCGCAAACCUGUCAACUUGAACACGACGGGUGUAACAUGCGCCACCUAUAAUGGCGAUGGGGACGUGUUUAUUGGCACCCAAUCAGGCUCUGUGGAAAAAUACAACAAUAUAGGACAACAUAUGGCCUCAAUGUUCACAUCCAAUGAUCCAGUCGUUUCGUUGCUAGUGAAGGACGCGACCACGUUGAUUGUGGGCACCAAAGGAAAUGUUACUCGCGUUAGCAUGCCAAACGGUGAAAAUAUUGGUGAACCGACUCUGGUCGAGGGAGGAAUGCAGUCGUUAUGUGUCUCAAAUGAUAGAGACUUGCUUUCGAUUGUGACACAGGAUAGCAUCCAGAUCAAAAAUCUCACUACUGAUAACAUUUUUGCCUUGGGAGUAGGUCUGUCACCCACCAAUUUCGGACUCUCGCAAUUCCACCCCAGGAAGCCAUCAACGCUUGUUGUAGCGAGUGAUGUCCAAAUAUUUGUCUUCGAUAUCCAAAAACCAGAUAGUCCAAUAAAGAUUAUUCCCCUUGGAACAAAACAAAAAGUGGUUGGACUGGCAUUCAUUCCCAACUCAAAAUGUCCCAUGGCCGUCGCCUUACAGGAAGGGGAUGUCCAUUUAUUGGACCUAGAAAAAGACAAACCGUCAGUAUGCUCUACCAGCAGCUCCCUUUCCACUCGACCAUCUGAUAAUCCACCUAGCCUGAUUCGCAAAAUUGAAUUCAAAAGGCGUUUGUGCAAUCUCGACGUCAGUAGUGAUGGAAAUUGGGUUUUAGUCGGUACAGAGGACGGUAGCAUCCUGAUGCAAGAUAUUCGGCUACCAGGCAGGUCUAUUAGAUCUCUCCCUGUACAGCCCGGAAAGGCCGUGAGAAUGAUGGCCUCUCAGAGGAACCCUGGCCCAUCCACGGGUACGACAGCAGACAAAGCGGGCACGACGAUCAGUAGAGCUGGUAAAGAGCCCAUCACAGCAUCAAAAGCCAUCACAAAUAAUGUCACGACAAGAAACACGCGAACACUCUCUGGAUCUGGUGCAAAUUUGAAGAAAGAGCCCACAACCAGUAGUAAUGCGACUGUACCUACACCCGGAGCCGGCUUACGAGGCAAAAGAACAGGAGAAGCCUUAGUAGUCUCGCCCAAGCCGACUAGUAAACCACUCGAUAACACUUCCAGUGACAAGAAUUCUCAAGCACGUAAGAGUGGAUCUCCAACUCCGCGUAUUGCAAAGCCCGGUUCCCCUCGCCCAAUAUCACGUCGAACUUCAACGGGCACAUCUGCUGGCAGUCCUGCCUUAUCGUCCCACUCCGCUAUACGCACGGUUCCUUUAAGGAAAGUGCGAGUAUCUUUUGAUAAACUGCCCUAUACGCCCUCAAAGUCUCCGACAGACUCAAAGGCUACUACUGAGAGGUCGCCUAGCCCAGACCUUCCUACUGCCGAAGAUAUCUCUGCAGUCUUUCAGCAACCUAUUGAUAUUCCACCAAUCCUAUCCAACGAUCAGGAAGACGAUAACAGUACAACCAUGGAGCCUUUUUCAACUCCAGCUACCAAGCUAGACAACACCCCUGAUAUUUCGGUUGCGAAUACUGCCAAUACUACGAAUAUGACAAACAUCAAAGGACACCGGAAGACUGGUAGUAUCAUGAAUGCCGUUAAUAAAACCAAUCGAUCAACCCACCUCUCACCAACAACUCCAUCAAAAUCAAAAGGUCCUCAUGACAGGCUCAAAGCUGGUGCAAUGCAAUUGUCACCGAGGCGAUCUCCUGCUAUGCCACCAGUGUCGCAAGCCAAUGCCCAAGAACUCUUACGAAACAUGAUCCGAGAGGUUAUGUUUGAGCAACAAGAAGAAGUAAAAGAAGAGCUGCGAGGUAUGCACCUUGACUUGGUUAAGAUGGGCCGCACUUGGAAGAAUGACCUCCGAUCAUUGAUGGCCGAAUAUGUCGGGGAUUUCAAAGCCCUUCGUCUUGAAAAUGAAAUCUUGCGUGCAGAGAACGACCGACUUAGGCGCGGCUAUUGA